UAGCCGUCGACGGAUUCAGGUUGCCCGUCUCGUGUUCUUCCUGAAUCAACGCUACUGGAUGCGGGAACCAACUUCUGUACGAGAAGUGUAUCUACGAGGGGACAGUCCACAAGCUCCCAAGCUCUGGACACAGGACCUGGACUGCAUCGGGGCAGAAGUUCGUUUACAACAUGUGCUCCUUCUAUAGAGCCAGUAUACUGGCAGCUGUCAUGGUCGUGUCGGCCGCACCUGAUGUGAUGUCUGCAGUGGUUCACACUUCCAAAGACUACGACACACUAUAUCCCGGAUCCAGCUCGGAGGAAAAUGAAGGCUGGCUGCGGCAGGGCGAAGUGGCAGUCUUCCGUUGCGCCGUCGCCAGCCACGGACCUAUGAACAUCACAUGGUCGCACAACGGAACACAGCUCGUUGCGGACAACGUGUCAGUAACUGCAACGACUACUCAUCGGUCUGCACUCUAUAAUGGCAGAGAGGCGGUUGUAACAGAAGGUGUGCUCACAGUUGCCUCUCUGAGGCUGUCUGACAGCGGAAGAUACACGUGUAUGUUCCGCGACGUCCACGGCGAUCUCUCGGAGAGCACAGUCCUCCGGGUACUACCAUUCCCGAAAAACGCAGGCACUGGUUGUUCGACAGACGAGGACUGCCCGGGAGAAAAUAUCAAGUGCAGCCACGAAACAAGGCUGUGUGAAUGUCAGCCGCAUUUAAAACGUAGCACGGAUGGCGGACGUGUAGUCUGCAGCUCGGCAGGUAUAGGCGUCCGCGGGUGGUUCUUGUGGCUCGGCACAGCAGCAGCGGUUCUUCUAAUCAUUCUUAGCCUGAAGACGAUACUGUCGUGCUUCGUGAAGAGAUCACCGAAACAUACCCUGCUUCCAGUCACAGAAGAAUCACAGGACAUCAAGACAGAUGAGGGCGAGACAUGACAUGGGCGCCUCCUGUAUUAUGUUUCCAGCAUUAACAACCGGAAUUUUUA